AUGUCACAGGUCGCUGUAUGCCUCGGCGGUCUGCGACUGUGCAAGAUUUCCGAACCACGCCGUCCGCAAGCACGCGUCCCCGGCCUCAAAGACGACCACGACCACCCUUUCCGUCGAGACCUCGCCGAAAGGUCAGAGCUGCAGCUGAGACCGACUACGACACCACCGCCUGACCACAACGAAGACGACGUGCUCGAGCACGACACGCGGUCACUGCCGCCGAACAGCCCUGCUGCGCGUCUUGCAUCUCCACCUGUAAAGUGGGAAGUACAUAGCGGCGGCGGCGGCGUGGACGAGAGGGCGUGGCGUACACCACAGGCAGCGCUGUGUUCUGAGAUACCGACAGAUCCGGCUGUCCAGCGGGCAGCAGCGUCAACAGCUCCUCAGCUCACGACGAUAGCCCGGAAAUCCGCAUACGGAACGCCGCAUCCGGACCCUCACCAGAGCAUAUUCGGCGGCGAAGCACGACCAGAUCCAAACGCACUCCCACCACCACCAUCAAACCCCACCUCUACAACACCACACAGCCCACACCCCAUGCCCCCUAACCCCUCCCCCUUCCUCGCCCUCCCCCCCGAACUCCGCGCCGCAAUCUACACCCACCUCCCCACCCCGCUCAUCCACCCCACCCCCCUAAUCUACUGCCUCUCCACCACCCACCCCACAAAGUCCCACCCGCUCACCACCCUCAACCGCGCCCUCCGCGCCGAAGCCCUCGCCAUCUACUACAGCCAAAACACAUGGCUCAUCAAGCUCGAGGACGCAGCGUUCUAUGACGCGUUCCGCGCCUGGAUCGCGGGCGUGGGACGAGCGGUGGGGUAUCUGAGGCGGGUGCGGGUUUGUGUGCGAGCGGGGGUAGUAGGGAGGUGUAAGGAGGUAGUGAGACAGCGGAGUUUGCCUUCUGUUGCGGCUUCGCUGCCGGUGUAUUAUCAUCGGAUGCCGGAGGAGGAGGAGGGCGAGGCGAUGCUGGAGAUUGAUCUUAGUGAGCGGGGGGAUGGGCCUGUGGUUCGUGUGCUGCGGUGUGAUGCUGGGGGGUGUGGCUGUGGUGGUGGUGGAGGCGGGGGCUGUGGGCGCGAGGUUGUGUGUGGGGUUGUGCGGGAGGCGGCGGUGCGGCUUUGGGAUGUUAAGCAUGGGCGCGAGGAUCAUGCUCUCGUCUCUGCCCUCGCACGUCAGGAUGCUAUCAUUGUUACUUACUUACACGCGGUGACGGAGGUUAUCAUGCCUCCUAUCAUGCCUAUCAUCAUCGCUGCUAUUAUGCUUAUUAUUAUUGAUCUCAUGCUUAUCAUCAUGGAGAAGGACUGA